AUGGUAGCGGUAACACUGUUCUGUGCGCCAGUUGGAGAAGGAAGCGUAUUCUCUGUCGCUAUUGAAACGAGCAUGUCGGUGGGCCAGCUAAAAGACGCGAUCAAGUCUCAUAGCCCAGAGGCGAUCACAUGCGAUGCCAAGGAUCUGCAGCUUUUUCUUGCGAAGAAAAAUAAUGCGUGGUUGCAAGACGACGCAGCUUUACGACGAGAACUUGACACGUCCUUUAUAGAGCUGAGCGAUUUGUGCAAGCUGGAGAAUCCUUUUCUCUUUGGGCCAAACGUCUCACUGGGAGAGAACGUGGUUCACGUUCUGGUUGUGACUCCAUAUGUACCCCACCCAGCUCGUCUGGAUAGAUGGAAGAAACUGAACGAACUUCUCGAUAAAAAUAAGAAGCCAAGACUCGCUGAUGCUGACGAGACCGAUGAUAUGGAGACCGCGUGUGACUCGUACGACUGCAAGGGGGUGACGACAGGUGACAACAUAGCUACGCCAGAUAUCUACCGAGGACUCCACCCUACUCGCAUACUACGCUGGGAAAAACUGAAUAAACUUCUCGCGCGCAACAAGAAAGAGAUGUCUAGCUAUUGUGAGGACACCCCAACUGUGGCAUCCAGCGGUGACUCGUUUAUUUCUUUUGAGGAUUGUGAGAAGAUUAUGGGGACGAGUUGCUACAAGCAACCGUCGAAGGCCAUCGCGGAAGACAAGAUCGACGUACUCUACGCAUAUCUCCUUAUCGCGAUCAGACCGUUUGGGUGGAUGCUUACGGGGAAAGAUACAAACAGACUUCACACUGAUAAAACGGUUGUUGGGAAUCGAGUACAGGGAGAAGGACAUUUUGACUUUUUCAUUGAGGGCGGAAGUACUUGCGUUGGUGUCGUCCUGGCCAAACGACAGGAUUCUCAGAAGGGGCUUGCACAGGCUUAUCUAGGGGGCGAAAUACUUGCGGAUGUCGAAGAGUUGACGGAGGUUUUCAGUAUAGUCACGGAUUUCAAGGUAUGGCUCUUUAGCAAAAGCUUGGGCGAUAAAGUCGAGCGAUGUAGUAUGUCGAUGGGGUCAGCACACGACAUUCCUGAGCGAGAAUCACUGAAGACUGUUGCAGAGAAGAUCUACUCGUUGCUUUCAGGCGACAAUUAA